GAGAAGAAGAAGAAGAAGAAGAAGAGAGCAGGCCGCGGAGGGCGGAGGCAAAAUCGCGCACACAAAGGCUCCUUUCCCUUCUCCAAGCGCGCCGCUCCGGCGUUUCCUUUUUGCGCUUCCUCUGCUGGCAACAGUGUAACAAAAGGGCGAGCGCGCGGCUGCCCUGCCGCAGACGCAAGGAGGGCUCCGUGCGCCCUCGUUCUGCGCCGGACUCCCUCCCUCCUUGCCCGCCAUCUUUCGAAGCGGGGAGAAGGGCGAGCGAUCCCGCUUUCCUCCGGCCCGCGCUCGCACAAAGGAACGGCGGGCGGGGAGAAGCUCGCCUCUCCACCAGCCCAGGCCCCCCGUGCGCCCGCCGCUUGCCUUGCUGCCGCUGCUGCGCGCCUGGCUCCGCUCGGCUGGAAGCAGCGCCGCUUCCUCGUCCAGGCGGCUUCAGCGAGCGCCUUGGUUUGUCUCCUGUCGCGUCGCGCUCUGUUUCCUCGCUUUUCUCUCGGGGCUGCAUGGCUGGUCCCUGGGAAUGGGAUGCCCAUCCCAUCCAGGGAUCGUAGAAAGACGACGAUUCCUUCCCGAGGACCUGCUGCGGCUGCCUUGAACGCCAGCAAGUCGAGGAGGAGGCAGGAGAAAGAUGUCUGCUGCCACCUCAGCCAUCCAGGCUCCCCAAGGCCCUGCGAACCCACCUCCCCCAGAGGUUACCAACUCAGCCAAACCUGGGCGGAAGACCAACCAACUUCAGUACAUGCAGAAUGUGGUGGUGAAGACUCUGUGGAAACACCAGUUCGCCUGGCCUUUCUACCAACCUGUUGAUGCGAUUAAAUUGAAUUUACCAGAUUACCACAGAAUAAUUAAAAACCCGAUGGAUAUGGGGACUAUCAAGAAACGGCUAGAGCACAACUAUUACUGGAGUGCCAGCGAAUGUAUGCAAGAUUUCAACACCAUGUUUACAAAUUGCUACAUCUACAAUAAGCCCACCGAUGACAUCGUUCUCAUGGCCCAAGCCUUGGAGAAGAUCUUUCUUCAAAAAGUCGCUCAGAUGCCACAGGAAGAGGUUGAGCUCUUGCCUCCAGUUCCGAAAGGCAAAGCGCGGAAGAUGGCUGGCAGCGGGCACAGCACAGGAGCUCAGCACCCAGCAGCCUUAUCUUCCGUGUCUCCAUCAGCCCCCUUCCAGAAUGUCCCUCCCUCCGUGUCGCAGACGCCAGUCAUCGCUGCCACGCCCGUGCCAACCAUCACCGCGAACAUCUCCCCCAUUGCUGCGGCCCCUGCUGCUGUGCCCCCACUGCCUCCCCCUCCUGCUGCCACUCCCAUCAUGCCUGUGGUAACUGCUAUGUCACCUAUUGUCAAGAAAAAGGGAGUGAAGCGGAAAGCGGACACAACCACCCCGACCACAUCAGCCAUCACAGCCAGUCGGAGUGAGUCGCCCACCCCGCUGCUGGACUCCAAGCAGGCAAAGGUGGUGGCCCGCCGGGAGAGCGGGGGCCGGCCCAUCAAGCCGCCCAAGAAAGACCUGGAGGAUGGGGAGGUGCCCCAGCACGCAGGGAAGAAGGGGAAGCUCUCUGAACACCUCAAGUACUGUGACAGCAUCCUCAAGGAGAUGCUCUCCAAGAAGCACGCAGCAUAUGCUUGGCCCUUCUACAAGCCAGUGGAUGCUGAGGCUCUGGAGCUGCACGACUACCAUGACAUCAUCAAGCACCCGAUGGAUCUCAGUACUGUGAAAAAAAAAAUGGACGUUCGGGAUUAUCAAGAUGCCCAGAGCUUUGCGGCGGACAUCCGGUUAAUGUUCUCUAAUUGUUAUAAGUACAACCCUCCAGACCAUGAAGUCGUGGCUAUGGCCAGGAAGCUUCAGGACGUCUUUGAGAUGAGGUUUGCCAAGAUGCCGGAUGAGCCGGCAGAGCCCCUGGCCCAGCCCCCACAGACGGCACCGGUUGUCAGCAAAAGCAUGGAAAGCAGCCAUAGCAGCGAGGAGAGCUCCUCCGACUCGGACAGCUCAGACUCUGAAGAGGAAAGAGCCACACGGCUGGCUGAGCUGCAGGAGCAGGACUGUUCCCGAUCAUUGAGGCAGUGCUACAAGGUCAAUGACUCCCGAGACUGGAAUGGAUGGAAUUUGAAGGCUGUCCAUGAGCAACUUGCUGCUCUCUCGCAAGCCCCCGUGAACAAGCCAAAGAAGAAGAAGGAGAAGAAGGAAAAAGAGAAAAAAAAGAAAGACAAGGAAAAAGAGAAGGAGAAAGAGAAGCACAAGGCAAAGGCUGAGGAAGAGAAGAAGGUGAAGGUCACUCAGCCGGUGAAGCAGGCCCAGCAAAAAAAGCCACCGGCCAAGAAGGCCAACAGCACUACCACCGCAAACAGGCAGCCGAAAAAAGGCGGGAAACAGGUUCCUGUGGCCUAUGAUUCGGAUGAGGAGGAAGAGGGACUCCCCAUGACCUACGAUGAGAAGCGCCAACUCAGCUUGGAUAUCAACCGCUUGCCGGGGGAGAAGCUGGGCCGGGUGGUACACAUCAUCCAGUCAAGAGAGCCCUCACUCCGGGACUCCAACCCCGAUGAAAUUGAGAUAGAUUUCGAAACCUUGAAGCCUACCACGUUACGGGAGCUGGAGAGAUACGUCAAAUCCUGUUUGCAGAAGAAGCAACGGAAGCCAUUCUCUGCAAGUGGGAAGAAGCAGGUGGCAAAGUCGAAGGAGGAGAUUGCUCAGGAAAAGAAGAAGGAGCUGGAGAAGAGGCUUCAGGAUGUCAGUGGGCAGUUGAACAACAACAAGAAGCCUGCGAAAAAAGAAAAAUCUGGCUCCACCCUUUCUGGAGGCCCCUCUCGCCUGAGCAGUAGCAGCUCCUCGGAAUCGGGGAGUAGCAGCUCAAGCUCCACUUCGGACAGUAGCGAUUCAGAAUAAAGCAACAGACCCUUAAACGCUCCCGGACAGCGAAUGGACGUCUCACAGGCACUUGCCCCGGAAAGUUCUGCAGCGUCCCCUUUUGCUUCUUCCUCGUUACUAUAUUUUUUUAAAAAAACAAACCAGCCUGCUUUCUUGCAACAGGACCAGCUCUGCAUCUCAUUCCACCCCUCUACUUUUAAUUUUUCUUUUAAUUCAGUGUUAUAAAACCUUCCAGAAUUUAAUUUCCUCCCCCUACUUUCCCCACCCAGCUUUUAUUAGGUUGCAAGAUCUUUUUGGGGUGUGUGUGUGGCUAGACUUUUUAAGGCAAGAACUUUCCCUUGCAUAUAAGGUCUCUAAACUUUUUUUAAAAAUCAAAUCAUUGAGACGUCUUUUGGUGACCAACAGCAAGAGAUGUGGGAACUGGAGAGAUGAGUAAAAAAAAUGUUUGCGAGAUGUAAUAUUAAAAAAGGGGGUGUUUUUGGUAACUUUUCUCUCUUACUCUUCCCUCCUCCCCCAUGGAAAUUCCUUUUUAAUACAGCCCAAGACUCAGCUCAGUGCUGCUGCUGAUGCGGAGUGGGGAACUUUAUAAAUGGGGUGGGGUGGUGGGGAGGAGAACCUCUCUGUAAAACGGUACUGUAUCUGAAAGACGUUAGCUUUUGAAGUAGUUGAUUGUAUUUGUUGCUAGCACUAGUAUUCCUAACCUCCAAGGGGCCCAAUCCACCAUGGAAUGCUCCUGGGCAUGCCCCCUUCUCUCAAAUGAGAGGGAGGUGUACAAAAUGCACCUCUCCCGUUUGUUUUGGUGGGGUGGGAGUACAGAGACCAUGAGCAGACCUUCCUUGUGGAUUGGGCCCUGCGUCUACAUGUGUGCUGAAGAGCAUCAUUAUAUAUAUAUAUAUAUAUAUAAAUAUAUUAUAUAUAUAUGAGGGAAGGAGGAGAAGAAAGCUCACGUACUGUGGAUUGUUUUAAAAAUGUACCUUUUUAGAUAUUUCUUUUAAACUUUUUUUUAAGUAAAAAAAAUUGAUACUAGAGAUUUGUGCUUCUGUUAUGAGAGGUUGGCUGACCUAUUAAAGCUA